GAACAAGACGGAAGAGACACAGAGGAUUGCAUUUAGGACUAAAUCGCAGCUGGAAGUGAUGGAAGAUGGGUAUAAAUGGAGAAAGUAUGGAAAGAAGUCUAUCAAGAACAAUCCCAACCCAAGGAAUUACUAUAAAUGUGUAGUUGGAGGAUGUAAUGUGAAGAAGAAGGUGGAGAGGGACAGAGAAGACUCAAGUUAUGUGAUAACAGCAUAUGAGGGAAAGCACAACCAUGAAAGCCCUGGUGUGGUCUAUGACAACCAGAUGUCCCCUAAUGCUUGGAAUUCGCUAGCAUCUCUUGAGUAUUCCACUUAUUCUUGAAUUUAUUGGCUUCCACAUAUAUUAUAUCUUUCAUAUAU